AUGGCGGGGCCGCGGGCCUGCCCGUGGACCAGGCUGCUGCUGGCCGCGCUGCUGAGCGCCAGCUUCCCGGGGGACGCCGCGAACCGCUGCAAGAAGGCCCAGGUCAGGACCUGCACCGAGUGCAUCCGCGUGGACAAGGACUGCGCCUACUGCACGGACGAGAUGUUCAGGGAACGGCGCUGCAACACCCAGGCUGAGCUGCUGGCCGCGGGCUGCCGGCUGGAAAGCGUGGUGGUCAUGGAGAGCAGCUUCGAGAUCACAGAGGAUACCCAGAUAGACACCACCCUGCGACGCAGCCAGAUGUCCCCCCAGGGGCUGCGGGUCCGGCUGCGGCCUGGCGAGGAGCGGCACUUUGAGCUGGAAGUGUUCGAGCCCCAGGAGAGCCCUGUGGAUCUGUACAUCCUCAUGGACUUCUCCAACUCCAUGUCCGAUGAUCUGGACAACCUCAAGCAGAUGGGACAGGAUCUGGCCCAGGUCCUGAGCAAGCUCACCAGAGACUACACCAUUGGAUUCGGCAAGUUUGUGGACAAGGUCAGCGUCCCUCAGACGGACAUGAGGCCUGAGAAGCUGAAGGAGCCCUGGCCUAACAGCGACGCUCCCUUCUCCUUCAAGAACGUCAUCAGCCUGACGCAGGACGUGACUGAGUUCCGGAGUAAGCUGCAGGGAGAGAGGAUAUCGGGCAACCUGGACGCCCCCGAAGGCGGGUUCGACGCCAUCUUGCAGACGGCCGUGUGCACGAGGGACAUCGGCUGGCGCCCCGACAGCACCCACCUGCUGGUGUUCUCCACCGAGUCGGCCUUCCACUACGAGGCGGACGGGGCCAACGUGCUGGCCGGCAUCAUGCCCCGCAACGACGAGGAAUGCCACCUGGACGCCAGGGGCACCUACACCCAGUACCGGGCGCAGGACUACCCGUCCGUGCCCACCCUGGUGCGCCUGCUCGCCAAACACAACAUCAUCCCCAUCUUCGCCGUCACCAACUACUCCUACAGCUACUACGAGAAGCUGCACACUUACUUCCCUGUCUCCUGGGUGGGGCUGCUGCAGGAGGACUCGUCCAACAUCGUGGAUCUGCUGGAGGAGGCCUUUAAAGCCAUUCGCUCCAACCUGGGCAUCUGGGCCUUGGAAAGCCCCCGAGGCCUGCGGACAGAGGUCAACUCCAAGAUGUUCCAGAAGACAAAGACUGGGUCCUUUCACAUCCGUCGGGGGGAAGUGGGCACAUACCAGGUGCAGCUACGGGCCGUGCAGGACGUGGACGGGAUGCACAUAUGCCAGCUGCCGGAGGAGGACCAGAAGGGCGUCGUCCACCUGAAGCCGUCCUUCUCCGACGGCCUCAAGAUGGACGUGGGCAUCAUCUGUGAUGUCUGCACCUGUGAGCUGCAAAAAGAGGUGCGGUCUGCUCAGUGCAACUUCAACGGGGACUUCAUGUGCGGACACUGUGUGUGCAAUGAGGGCUGGAGCGGCAAGACCUGCAACUGCUCCACGGGCUCCCUGAGCGACCUGAAGCCCUGCCUGCGGGAGAACGAGGUCGAGGCGUGCUCGGGGCGCGGCGAGUGCCAGUGCGGCCGCUGCGUGUGCUACGGCGAGGGCCGCUACGAGGGCGACUUCUGCGAGCACGACAACUUCCAGUGUCCCCGCGCCUCUGGGUUCCUCUGCAACGACCGGGGACGCUGCUCCAUGGGCCGGUGUGAUUGUGAACCUGGCUGGACAGGCCUGAGCUGUGACUGUCCUCUCAGCAAUGCCACCUGCAUCGACAGCAAUGGGGGCAUCUGUAACGGGCGUGGUCACUGCGAAUGUGGCCGCUGCCACUGCAACCAGCAGUCCAUCUACACGGACACCAUCUGCGAGAUCAACUACUCAGCGAUCCGCCUGGGCCUCUGCGAGGACCUGCGCUCUUGCGUGCAGUGCCAGGCCUGGGGCACUGGGGAGAAAAAGGGGCGCAAGUGCGAGGAGUGCAGCUUCAAGGUCAAGAUGGUGGACCAGCUUAAGAAAGCGGAGGAGGUGGUGGAGUAUUGCUCCUUCCGGGACGAGGAUGACGACUGCACCUACAGCUACACGGUGGAGGGUGACGGCACCCCCGGGCCCAACAGCACCGUCCUGGUGCACAAGAGCAAGGACUGCCCUCCCGGCUCCUUCUGGUGGCUCAUCCCUCUCAUCAUCUUCCUCCUGCUGCUCCUGGCGCUGCUCCUGCUGCUCUGCUGGAAGUUCUGUGCAUGCUGCAAGACCUGCCUGGCCUGUCUUCCCUGCUGCAACCAAGGCCACAUGGUGGGCUUCAAGGAAGACCACUACAUGCUGCGGGAGAGCCUGAUGGCCUCGGACCACCUGGACACGCCCAUGCUGCGCAGCGGGAACCUCAAGGGGAGAGACACGGUGCGCUGGAAGAUCACCAACAACGUGCAGCGGCCCGGCUUCGCCAGCCACGCCGCCAGCACCAACCCCUCGGAGCUGGUGCCCUACGGGCUGUCCCUGCGCCUCGCCCGCCUCUGCACGGAGAGCCUGCUGAAGCCCGACACGCGGGAGUGCGACCAGCUGCGCCGGGAGGUGGAGGAGAACCUGAACGAGGUGUACAGACAGAUCCCAGGCGCACACAAGCUGCAGCAGACCAAGUUCCGGCAACAGCCCAACGCUGGGAAGAAGCAGGACCACACCAUCGUGGACACGGUGCUGACGGCGCCGCGCUCGGCCAAGCAGUCCCUGCUGAAGCUGACGGAGAAGCACGUGGAGCAGAGGUCCUUCCACGAGCUCAAGGUGGCCCCCGGCUACUACACCCUCACCGCGGACCAGGAGGCCCGAGGCAUGGUGGAGUUCCAGGAGGGCGUGGAGCUGGUGGACGUGCGGGUGCCCCUGUUCAUCCGCCCCGAGGACGACGACGAGAAGCAGCUGCUGGUGGAGGCCAUCGACGUGCCGGUGGGCACGGCCACCCUCGGGCGCCGCCUGGUCAACAUCACCAUCAUCAAGGAGCAAGCCAGCGGGAUCGUGUCCUUCGAGCAGCCCGAGUACAUGGUGAGCAGAGGGGAGCAGGCGGCCCGCAUCCCCGUCACCCGGCGCAUCCUGGACAAUGGCAAGUCCCAGGUCUCCUACCGCACACAGGACAACACGGCGCAGGCCCGACGGGACUAUGUGCCCGUGGAGGGUGACCUGGUGUUCCAACCUGGUGAGACCUGGAAGGAGCUGCAGGUGAAGCUCCUGGAAAAGCAGGAGAUGGACUCCCUCCUGCAGGGCCGCCAGACCCGCCGCUUCUAUGUCCAUCUCUUCAACCCCAAGUUUGGGGCCCGCCUGGGUCAGCUCCACUCAGCCACCAUCAUCAUUGGGGACCGAGAUGAACUUGAUGAGAUUAUGAAUCAGACACUGUUAUCAUCCGCACCCCCCCACUGUGAACUGGGCACCCCACAGAACCCCAAUGCCAAGGCCGCUGGGUCCCGGAAGAUCCACUUCAACUGGCUCCCCCCUCCUGGCAAGCCCAGAGGGUACAGGGUGAAGUACUGGAUCCAGGGCGACUCUGAGUCCGAAGCCCACCUGCUGGACAGCAAGGUGCCCUCUGUGGAGCUCACCAACCUGUACCCGUACUGUGACUACGAGAUGAAGGUGUGCGCCUACGGGGAGCAGGGCGAGGGCCCCUACAGCUCCCUGGUGUCCUGCCGCACCCACCAGGAAGUGCCCAGCGAGCCGGGGCGACUGGCCUUCAACGUGGUCUCCUCCACGGUGACCCAGCUGAGCUGGGCUGAGCCGGCCGAGACCAACGGCGAGAUCACAGCCUACGAGGUCUGCUACGGCCUGGUCAACGAGGACAACCGCCCCAUCGGGCCCAUGAAGAAGGUGCUGGUGGACAGCCCCAAGAAGCGGACGCUGCUCAUCGAGAACCUGCGCGAGUCCCAGCCGUACCGCUACACCGUGAAGGCCCGCAACGGGGCGGGCUGGGGGCCCGAGCGCGAGGCCAUCAUCAACCUGGCCACCCAGCCCAAGCGGCCCAUGUCCAUCCCCAUCAUCCCGGACAUCCCCAUCGUGGACGCGCAGGGCGGGGAGGACUACGACAGCUUCCUCAUGUACAGCGACGACGUCCUGCGCUCCCCGACCGGCAGCCAGAGGCCCAGCGUCUCCGACGACACGGAGCACCUGCUGAACGGGCGGAUGGACUUUGCCUACCCAGGCAGCGCCAACUCCCUGCAAAGGAUGACCAUAGCCAACGCUGCCUACGGCACCCACCUGAGCCCGCGCCUGCCGCACCGCAUGCUGAGCACGUCCUCCACCCUCACCCGGGACUACAACUCCCUCACCCGCACGGAGUGCUCAUCCACGCUGCCCCGGGACUGCGGCACCCUCGGCUCCCGCAGCCUGCACAGCCUCCCUCCCAUCUGGGAAGACGGGAGGAGCAGGCUUCCGCUGUCCUGGGCCCUGGGGUCCCAGAGUCUGGCUCAGAUGAAGGGGUUCCCCACCGCCAGAGACUCACAAGACUCUAUAAUCCUGGCUGGGCAGCCAGCAGCGCCCUCUUGGGGCCCAGGCUCGCGCUCGGCUGCAGGUGUCACACCCAGCCGCCUGGUGUUCUCAGCCCUGGGACCCACGUCUCUGAAAGUGAGCUGGCAGGAGCCGCAGUGUGACCGGGGGCUGCAGGGCUACAGCGUGGAAUACCAGCUGCUGAAUGGCGGAGAGGUGUAUCGACUGGACAUCCCCAACCCCAGCCAGACCUCAGUGGUGGUGGAAGACCUUCUGCCCAACCACUCGUAUGUGUUCCACGUGCGGGCGCAGAGCCAGGACGGCUGGGGCCCGGAGCGUGAGGGCGUCAUCACCAUCGAGUCGCAGGUGCACCCGCAGAGCCCGCUCUGCCCCCUGCCCGGCUCCGCCUUCACCCUGAGCACCCCCAGUGCCCCGGGCCCACUGGUGUUCACCGCCCUGAGCCCAGACUCGCUGCAGAUCAGCUGGGAGCGGCCGCGCAGGCCCGAUGGGGACAUCCUCGGCUACCUGGUGACCUGCGAGCGGGCCCAAGGAGCAGAGCCAGCCACCACGUUCAUGGUGGAGGGCGACAGCCCCGAGAGCCGCCUGACAGUGCCGGGCCUCCAGGAGAACGUGCCCUACAAGUUCAAGGUGCAGGCCAAGACCACCAACGGCUAUGGGCCGGAGCGUGAGGGCAUCAUCACCAUCGAGUCCCAGGACGGAGGCCACUUCCCACAGCUGGGCAGCCACUGCGGGCUCUUCCAGUACUCACUGCCCGGCGAGUACAGCAGCGUUACCACCACCCACACCAGCACCACCGAGCCCUUCCUCCUGGAUGGGCUGACCCGGGGUUCCCAGCGCCUGGAAGCGGGGGGUUCCCUCACCCGGCAUGUGACCCAGGAGUUUGUGAGCCGGACGCUGACCACCAGUGGCACCCUCAGCACCCAGAUGGACCAACAGUUCUUCCAGACCUGAGCCCCUUCCCCCACCCUAUGGCGCCCUGGAAUCCGAGCCCCACUCGCCUCCCCUCCCUGGCGCUGCUUCAGCCUCUCCAUUCUCGGACCCCGGGUGCCCCAGCCCAGGGCGGGCCGAUCCCAGGGCCGGUGCCUCUGACCACAGCAGGUCCCGGAAGGCCCUUCUGGCUGCCCCCCAGCCCCACCCCAGCCCAGAGCCCAUCGGUAACCAAAGAGCUGGGACCAGCAUGGCUAAGACCCAACUUUGUUCUGCACUUAAUAAAAGAUUU